GCUGUGUGGUUGUUUGUUCGCCGUCGGUUUGGACUGUGAAUGAGGAGACGUGGAUGAACAUGGCGGUGAAUCUGAGUAAGAACGGUGCUGCCCUCAUGGCUGCUUACAAAGAGGUGGUGGACGGAAAGAUGAACACAAACUGGGCUCUGUUCACGUAUGAAGGGAACAGUAACGACAUCCGACUGGCAGAGAAGGGAGAUGGUGGUUUAGAGGAGAUGGUGGAGGAGCUGAACAGUGGGAAGGUGAUGUACGCUUUCUGUCGUGUUGAGGACCCCAACUCUGGCCUGCCCAAAUAUGUCCUCGUAAACUGGACAGGUGAAGGUGUGAAGGACUCUCGUAAAGGAUUAUGUGCCAAUCAUGUGAGCUCCAUGGCCAAUUUCCUCAAGGGAGCCCAUGUGACGAUAAACGCCCGGGGAGAUGACGACGUGGAGCCGGAGACCAUCUUGGCAAAGGUUUCUAAAGCGUCAGGAGCCAACUUUAAUUUCCACCAAAAGACAGAAUACAGAGAUGCUCCCAGAGGACCUGUGGGCUCCGUGUAUCGUAAGGUCAACGCUGUGGAGGAAAUUCAACAAACCAAAAAGGACGACUUCUGGAUCCAAACUCAGAGGGACGCAGAGGUUAGUCGACAGGAGGACAGCAAACGAGCGGAGGGGGAGAGACAAAGGAUGGAGAGAGAGAGGAUGGAGAUGGAGGUGAACCAGACGAGGGAGAGAGAGAGGAAGUCAAAGGAGAGAGGUCAGAGGAUCGAACAGGACAAACUUUCUCAGAGACAGAGAGAACAGGAGGAGGAACGAGAGCAGCAGCAGCAGCGACAGAACCAGCAGGGAAAAGAAACCAAGAGGACGGGAAUCAGCGCUGCAGCUUCUGUGCAGAAAGCCAACGAGGCCAAAUCCCUGAUAUCUCAGAGAUCAGUUAACCCCAGAGACGUAUUCAAGCAGAGGGAGCAGAGCUUUGAGGCCAACGACAGAUCGUCUACAUCCAGACCUGGGAAGCUGCAGAGUCCGUUUCUAUCUCAGAAAUCCUUUGAGAGGGAAACACUGAGGAUGCCUCAGUUUCCCACCGCUGUGGUCAAGACUUCUCCUGUUCACCCCCCGUCUCCUGUCCAGUCUCCUGUCCUGUCUCCUGUCCGGUCUCCUGUCCUGUCUCCUGUUCACCCCCCGUCUCCUGUCCUGUAUCUUGUUCACCCCCCGUCUCCUGCCCUGUCUCCUGUCCUGUCUCCUGUUCACCCCGUCUCACCCGUUCUGUCUCACUCACCCCCUGCAGCAGUUUACGAUACCUUACAUGUUCAACCUGCAGAAGGGGAGGAGGAGUGGUCUGAUGAGUUUGAGGACGAUGCAGAUGAAGCGACUCCAGCAGAAUCUCAGGAUUAUCUGUAUGUAGCAGCAGAAGAAACAGCAGUGGGACCAGAUGAGAGUCUGUAUGACAACGUGGAGCAGGGUCACCGCACAGCUGAAGAAAACGGUGCAGACGCCAACGGAGAGAACAUCUGUGCCAGAGCUGUGUACGACUACCAGGCUGUGGACGACACUGAGAUCACCUUUGACCCUGAUGACAUCAUCAGUGGGAUCGACAUGGUGGACGAGGGCUGGUGGAGAGGUUACGGCCCUGAUGGACACUAUGGGAUGUUUCCUGCUAAUUACGUGGAGCUGCUCUAACUCGUCCUCCUCUCUUCAGCAGCUGUACCCGAGUACAGUACUCGAAUACAUUUACUCAGUUACUUUGUACCAGAGACUAAUUCAUGAAGAGAUUGGAUUUUAAUUUCAAAAGUGUUGAUGAUUGAUUUGGUAGUUUCUGCUCUUGACCACAGGAUGGCGCUAUAGAACUCGUGGAUUAAAAACAGGACAUGUUGGUGGAUGAGACUCAGAAUCAAAGGAUUUUCUUUUUUUAAAUUAAUGACUACAUUCAUAUUUAGUGUUCAUGUGUAUUUCCACAAUAAUGUAAUGUACUGUACUUAAUAUAUUAAGAUAAAUAAAUAAAUGAAACUUG